CAGAAAAACGCGAAAAAUGUCUGGAAGAGGUAAAACCGGAGGCAAAGCCAGAGCGAAAGCCAAGACCCGCUCCUCUCGUGCCGGGCUCCAGUUCCCCGUCGGCCGUGUCCACAGGCUGCUCCGCAAAGGAAACUACGCUCAGCGGGUCGGUGCCGGAGCUCCGGUGUAUCUGGCGGCCGUGCUGGAGUACCUGACCGCUGAGAUCCUGGAGCUGGCUGGAAACGCUGCCCGCGACAACAAGAAGACCCGUAUCAUCCCCCGCCAUCUGCAGCUGGCCGUCCGCAACGACGAGGAGCUCAACAAGCUGCUGGGCGGAGUGACCAUCGCUCAGGGCGGCGUGCUGCCCAACAUCCAGGCCGUCCUGCUGCCCAAGAAGACCGAGAAGCCCGCCAAGAAGUAAACACCCGGAACCGGCUUCAACCAAACCAACAACAACGGCUCUUUUAAGAGCCACACACAUCCAACUACAGAGAAAUCCUUAUACUAGAGUGUAUAUAACGUUAAUUACGUUUGAAUUCUUCUAACACAAUGUCUUGACAUGUAUAUCUACACAAUCACUUAGUUUGUUUUCUGGUUGCAUGUUUAACUUUUAAGAACGUUUAGCAAAGUUAAACGAGAUAAAUCACUAACUUGCCUGUAAAUGCAAGCAUACCAACACUAGAAAAAUGUGUUAAUAGACAUUUACAAACAAUAAAUGCAAUCAUGUUUUUAUUGGUUGAAAUGGCAAAUACUAACCGCCUAUGCAACCUAAAAACAAACACACACACAAACUCAGACAAACACCAGUAGGAUACUUCAACCAACUAAAUUAAUGGAAACUAAAUAUUAAAAGUUAAUUUAACCAGCAUCUAUUUUUAAUAUUAACCCAGAAACUAAACAUCCCUAUUCCUGAGUGAUACACAAUUAUUUCAGUGUAAUGACAUAAAGUUAUCUUUCUAUAAUGCUACAACUAUUUCCUGAUUUUUGUUUCCGGGCACAAACGUUGGCCUUUGAAUUCCCAUGUUGGACAUCGUACAGAGUUCAUAUGUGACAACAGCUCAACAUUCUCUGUUUCUUUAUACUGCUAUGAUGUUGAAUUUUACUAUCUACUUUCAAUAAGUUAAACU